GUUAAACGGCGUCACAUCCUCUUCCUUUUUCGUUUAGGGGCCUGCGAGUAAAGAAAACAAGGUUAAUUUAGCUACGUUUUUCUUAUUCAUCCAGCUAUCCACUUUAAAUAAGCGGUGUAAAACAAGCUAUAGCAGACUAAGGUUGGUUAAUCUCCUCCUGCAGAUGAAUUCAUCCGGUUGCUGCUGCUUCAGUCGCACCGGGCUAAGGGAGCGUCUUUAAAGCUGCAGCGAAUCAGGAUGCCUGCUUUGGAAACCAGCCAUGCACAGCGUGUCCUUUCCUCCCUAAACCAGCAGAGGGCAGCGGGGAGAUUCUGUGAUGCUCUGCUCAAUUUGGGAGAUGGUGUGCUCUACAUGGCUCACCGAAAUGUCCUCGCCUGCUUCAGCGAUUUGUUCCAGGUGUCUGUCUCAAACUCCAGCCAGCCUGCAGAGUUCUCCCUGCAGGGUUGCCCCAGCGACGGCCUUGACCUGCUUCUGAACUUCGUCUACACUGGAGAGCUGAAACUGGAGGUGAACAACCUGCAGAAGGUGCAGCAAGCAGCAGCCAGCCUGUGCGUACCAGAAGCCCUCAAUCUCUGUCAGCAGUUCCAGGUUAACUCUGGGGUUAACCCCGUCACUUUGAAACGGAGAAGAGGUCGACCCAAAAAAUGUCAGACAGACACUGUUAAGGAAGAGAACCCUCUGAUGGUCCUGACAGAAGAGUCCAGGUUUGAUGCUUCUACAGCUGGUUUUAUCAUCCUGGAUGAUGCUGCUGCUCCCACCAGCAGCACCACCACACGCUCCGGCCGAGUAGUGAAGGGCCCUAAGAGACUAGUGACUGCUGAUGCAAGCCCAACAUCAGAUUCCAAAACUGCUCUCAGUCCUGUGGUGAAUGAGAUGUAUGCAGAUGCAGCCGAACAUCUGAAAUCAAAUCCGUCAGCUGCUGAAUCUGAGGUGACAGAGCUGAAGUGUGAUACAAACGACUGCAGUGAGAGCCAGGCAACAGGAAAAACUACGGUAGAGGUGGAGGAAGGAGAUGAUGAACCCGAAGGUUUUGGGGAUGACACAGAUGAGGAGUAUUUACCCCCCGCUGAGUCCAGUUCUACCGCGCCGCCUGCAUCAACGGCACAAAGCAAAACUCCUAACUGCAAGAAUAAAGAUGACGUGGAGGCGGGCGGCAGUAAUAAAGGCUCAGCACAGUGCCCCGUCUGCCUCAAGUUCUUCAAAAGCAAAUAUUACCUUAAAGUCCACAACAGGAGGCAUACUGGAGAGAAACCCUUUGGUUGUUCUAAAUGUGGGAAGAUGUACUUCAGGAAAGAGAGUCUGUCCGUGCACGAGAGCAGGGGCUGCUCCAGGAUGCUGACGUACUCCUGCUCUACAUGCUCCUUGACCUUCAACACGAAGGAAGAGCUGCGGGAGCAUGUCAUCACCACAUCAGAAAUGCCCCACAAGUGUUCAAUCUGUAAUGAACGGUUCAUGCACAAGAAGAACUUAACGACGCACCUGAUGAGGGUCCAUGGACAUCCUAAGCCACAUGCAUGUCCGCAGUGUCCCAAAACUUUCCUGACUCGAACUGAGCUGCGCGUUCACGAAGCGGCGAAGCAUCGAGGCGAAAAGCCGUUUGUGUGUGAGGAGUGCGGCCAUCGAGCUUCCAGUCGAAACGGCCUGCAGAUGCACAUCAAAGCCAUUCACAGAAACGAGCGUCCCUUUGUGUGUAACAUAUGUGGCCACGCCUUCUCCCAGAAGAACAACCUCAACAUGCAUCUACGCGUACACAGCGGCGAGAGGCCUUACCAGUGUCACCUUUGUGGGAAAACCUUCAGGACACAACCGAGUCUGGAUAAGCACCACCGUACGCACACCGGAGAGCGGCCCUUCAGCUGUGACGUCUGUGAGCAGCGCUUCACCGAGAAAGGCGCUCUGCUCCGCCACAAGGCCAGUAAGCACGAGGAGGGCCGACCGCACUGCUGUUACAUCUGUAACAAAACGUUCAAAGCAAUGGAGCAACUGCGUGUCCAUCUGCACCGCCACAAAGGCAUGAGGAAGUUUGAGUGUACAAAGUGUGGCUACAAGUUCACCCGACAGGCACAUCUCAGACGACACGUUCAGAUCCACAAACGCACGGAGAACUACAAUCCACGGCAGAGGAAGCUGAGGAAUGUCAUAGUAAAGGAGGUUGAUGGAAGUCUCUCUGACAGCGAAGCCACUAAUCGUACGGAGGCUCCGAUCGCAGAGAGCGCCGCGGACCCGACCGUCGGCUCGGACGACACAGACUCCACCUCAGGCCUCGGCUCUGACUGCAUCAACAGGGCUGUAGACGAGUCACAGGAAGCAGCAGCGGAGGAGGAGACGUCGAGUCAGGAGAGAGAGAGGAGUGAAACGGUGGAGAGUAUCACUGAGCCGGAAGAGCCGCCGCAAACUCAGCCGAUCAGCGACACGUUCGAGUCCACGAUGGACGUGGAAGAAUAACUCUGUGUAUUGAGACCCAAUUCUAAUAAACAUGCCUUUCAGCUAUUCUGACUUUGGUGAAAGUGUGGCAUGGAAA